AUGACUGAAGUCCGCACCUUCACCCCUCCUCAACCUCUUGGAGAAAGGCUUUCUGACCCAUCUCCUACCCCAACGCCUGUUGGAAGUGCCGUCCCUCGGUCUCUUCCUGAGAUUCCCGAACUUGCCCAACCGCGGCGCAACUCUCCUCCCAGGCUGAGCGGCGACUAUACUCGCGUUCCAAUGGCGACUUAUAAAGACUCAAAGAGCAACGGUGGUAUCACAUUCUCUAGCCAGGACAAACUACCAAAGCUCCCGAUUCCAGAGCUGGAGGCCAGUUGCAAGAGAUACCUGGAAGCUCUUAAGCCUUUACAGUCAGCCCGAGAGCACGCAGAAACACAGCAUGCCGUGAAUGAAUUUCUUAAGAGUGACGGCCCUGAGCUGCAAGAGAAGCUCAAGACGUACGCCCAGGGAAAGACAAGUUAUAUCGAACAGUUCUGGUAUGACUCUUAUCUCAACUUUGAUAAUCCCGUUGUACUCAACCUGAACCCUUUCUUCCUUCUUGAAGAUGAUCCAACUCCCGCUCGAAAUGACCAGGUAACCCGUGCCGCCUCCUUGGUCGCCUCAUCACUCGAGUUUGUACGGGCUGUACGAAAAGAGGAACUUGCUCCGGAUAAGGUAAAGGGUACCCCCCUCUGCAUGUACCAAUUCUCGAGACUCUUCGGCACUGCUCGAGUUCCCACAGAAGAAGGAUGUCAAAUCGAACAAGACCCCGAAUCAAAGCACAUUGUUGUUAUGUGCCAUGGACAGUUCUACUGGUUCGAUGUACUAGACGACAACUCAGACGUUAUCAUGAGCGAGAAGGAUAUAACCAUCAACCUGCAGACCAUUGUUGACGAUGCGACCCAAAUUCCUAUUCAAGAUGCUGCAAAGGGUGCCUUGGGAGUCCUGAGUACCGAAAACCGUAAGGUAUGGUCAGGCCUCCGAGAUGUCCUGACCAGUGAGCCAGGCUCCAACAAUGCGGAUUCUCUCGGUAUUGUAGACACUGCUCUUUUCGUCCUUUGCUUAGACUACGCGGAGCCUGCAGACGCUGCCGCCCUCUGCCAAAACAUGCUUUGCGGUACCAGCGAAAUCGAGAAGGGUGUUCAAAUCGGCACAUGUACCAACCGAUGGUACGACAAGCUUCAGAUCAUUGUUUGUAAGAAUGGAAGUGCUGGGAUCAACUUUGAACACACCGGCGUCGACGGCCACACAGUACUGCGGUUUGCCAGUGAUGUUUACACUGACACUAUUCUUCGAUUCGCCCGCACGAUUAACGGUCUGGCCCCUUCACUCUGGGCCUCUACAAGUCCUGACCCUUCCAAACGCGACCCCGAGAGCUUCGGAGAUGUCAGUGUCACCCCUAGAAAGCUGGAAUGGGAUAUGAUCCCUGAGCUCAGUGUCGCUGUUCGCUUUGCUGAGACCCGGUUGGCCGACCUGAUUGAGCAGAAUGAGUUUCAGACAUUGGACUUUGGCCAUUAUGGCAAAAACUUCAUCACUUCCAUGGGCUUCUCUCCCGAUGCCUUCGUCCAAAUGGCUUUCCAGGCCGCUUACUACGGCCUCUAUGGCCGCGUUGAGUGUACCUAUGAGCCCGCCAUGACCAAGAUGUUCUUGCACGGUCGAACCGAAGCGAUCAGGACCGUUUCACCCGAAGUGGUUGAUUUUGUUCAGACCUUCUGGGCUGAAAACCCUGCCGAAGCUAAGAUCGAAGCCCUCAGGAAGGCCUGUCAGAAACAUACCGCAAACACCCGACAAUGCUCCAAGGCCGAGGGCUGUGACCGACAUCUUUACGCCUUGUUUUCUGUCUGGCAAAGGAGCUUGGAUGAUGACCUUGAUAGCGGAUUCAACAGCAAUGGCUACUCUAGCCAUGAGGAGGGAUACUCGGAUCACGGUGAAUCGCCUGUUGGCAGCCCUGCCAGCGAUGGUGUCGAGGUGAGACCUACGCGAGACCGUGGCUACAGCGUCAAUUCUCGAUCGCGGGAUCAGAAGCCUAUGCCUAAUAUAUUCGCGGAUGGUGGAUGGGACAAACUCAACAAUACUAUCCUUUCGACUUCCAACUGCGGUAACCCUGCUCUUCGCCAGUUCGGAUUCGGCCCUACUUCAGGAGAUGGUUUUGGCAUCGGAUACAUCAUCAAGGAUGAUGGACUCGCUAUUUGCGUUUCCAGUAAGCACCGCCAAACAAAGCGCUUCGUUGAUACUUUCGAGAGCUAUCUGCUCGAGAUCCGCCGUAUUCUGCGCGUUGGCAAUCGCAAGAUGUCUACAACCAAGACAAGCCGUGCGCGUGAGAUUGAGAUAGAACGACCCAAGCUCGCCAGUCGAAUCAAGUCGCGAGGACGUCCCAUCACUGCCGCUGAAAGCAUGCGAUCUCUCACGGGCACAACGUCGCCCACUAAUGAAAGCAGCACCUUGAGUGAAGAUGAUGAAAUGGGUGGAUAUGGCUUCUUCGACGCAGGCAUGCUUUUGCAAGCUCUCAAGGCUCGCAGCGAACAGUUCGAGACCGCCGAGACACGCGCUUCAGAGAGAGCCGCCGCCGCACAAGCUCGUCGUCGCGACAUUGGAAAGAAGUUGAGAUUGAGCGAUUAUUGA